AUGCAUUCCUUCUUCAAGCAGAAACACCAGAAACUUAUUCUCCAAUGCUACCCGUCACCGAAACUUAGUAUUGCCGAAACCAAACCCAACCAGGCCGAGUUGAGUUACCUUGUAUUCUAUGCGUCUUCACGUCGUACCAAGUUAGAGAAAGUCGGUAUCUUCUUGUUGAAGAAAACUGCGUCAGAUAUAUCGCACAAGAGGGUGGGACAUUUGAAGGUCACGCUCUACAUAUUACAAGAACUUAUUGAAAAAUGUUCAGAGGAUAUUGGAUUUUUGACACCAUAUUUUCUGAGUAUUAUGAAUGACGUUGUAAGUCUAGGAGAUUUGUCAGUUUGUCAAUUGGCCAAUGAAGUUUUUGUGAAAUAUUGUGCAUUGAUUCAACCGACGCAAAGACAAAUUCUUUCAUUAGACAGCAAUGUUUUGAAGACUUUUAUUGCUGUGUUGAAUAAAUUUUUGGAUUUCUCCCAUAAUAAUCAAAAGGAGUGGCUACGUAUUUCAUUGAAUACAUCUUUGGCGAUUGCAGACUAUAUAGACUUUUCUUUUGUUCACCUAGAAAGGAUCAAUCUAAUCAAAAAAUCAUUGGACAUGAUUUUGAACAUGUUGAAAGAUACAAGAUUUGACGAUGAAUUGAUCAGAACACAAACUACCAGUACUCAACUGUCGCCAAAUGAUUUGGAUUUGGAUAAACAUGCAAUCCAAUGCUUGAAGUCAUUUUUUGACACUUCAUCGAAACGCCAAUUGGACGAAUCUACAAACAGCGUACUAUCCUACAUUUUGAAGGAAAAUGCCGAAAUCCGUUGGUCCAAUGCAAUCUUCGCUAUAUGUACCAGGAAGACGCACAUUGAGUUAAGACAUCGGAUUUUAAUUCUAUUCCUUCAGAAAACGGACAAGUAUGUCGAUAUUCACGAGGUGGAAGUUUCUAAAUAUUUACUGAAAAUCGUAUCCAACCUACUCAAUAACCCAGUACUCCAGUUUAUUGGAUUGCCAGUGUUAGAUAUCGUUAACAAAGUCAUACAAUUUGAAAAAUCAAUGAUUAUUAAUAAUGACUCAGAAACUUUAAAAAGUUCCUAUUCCGAAGUCCUUGUAAACUUGGCUAGUAGGAUCUAUUAUAACACUCAGUUGGAUGAUAUUUUGGCGUGUUUCUUAAACUCAUAUUACUAUGAAUACACUAAUAAUGGUUCCAAUAAAUUAACUGAAUCCCAAUUUUUUCAUUUUACCGAGGCUAUUAUUGCCGAUAUCAAGGACAUUCUAAUAAUUUCCGAGAAACCAGAGGUUAGACUCAAGAUAUCACCAUUUGUUCUAUCCACAUUCAACCAUCUAUACAUUUUAUUCCCCUUCGAUGCAUUUGCCAAUAUUAAAGAUACAUUAGAGUUGUUAUGGUUGAAGCUGAUUGACGAAUUUUAUCUAUUUGAUAAACAGUAUCAAGAAGAGGCAAAUCAAAAAGUACCAGGCAAGCGACAGGAGGUUUACUCCAUUCCCAAUGUGGAAAUGUGUAUCCUCAAUAAUAUAGACAACAACUUAUUUUUAUUUCUUGAAGGAAUUGAGAAAAUCAUAUCGUCUAUUCCAAGUGACGAAGUUAAGAAACAGAUUUCGAUUACUUGUACAACAAUGGCACAAACUUUCAAAAUAAACUUUUUGCUGAAUUAUCUAAAAUUCUCAUCAAACUGGUUGGCGGAUGAAGAAGAUUUCAAAUACCCGUUAUCGUUGUUGCUCUUGGGUGUUCUCUCAACACAAAUUGAAGGGGGUUCUUCUUUAGCUGCAUUGAUUGAUUCUAAGAUUGCGUAUUCACAACAGAAACAAAUGUGGCCUAAGUAUAUUGGGUACACACCAACGAGUCCAGCAAGCUCACACGGAUUAACUAACGAGGAAUUAUAUGAGCUUCUAUCGAAUAUCGAUUCGGUUUCCCAAUGGAUCCAUAGGAUUAGUAUGUCUCAAACAUCUUCUUUGGCCAAGAAGAUCCCCAAGCCGUUCACCAAUCAUAUGGUGAUGUCGACAAGCAACAGUUUUCUAUCUCUUCCAGGUAAUGGUAGUUUACGUGCGGCAUUGAGAAAUGGAGGUCAAACCAAUGGCAGUGUCACAAGUAGCAAUGAAAAUAAUGACAUAACAGACGAUAAUGAAUCGAACGAGUUGGAGUACAGUGAAGACAUGAGUUUCCUUUCGCCAAAUGGAUUCAAUAUUCCAGGCUCAAGCAGUCUUCGGAGCGGAUGGAGCAGUAUGAGGAGCGGUCAUUUGUCCCGUCAUAUCAAUCUACAAGAGCUCAAGCAGAGCAAGAACAAUACAGUGUCUGAAGGUGAAUUAAGUCGUCUUGUAAAGACACGGACAAAUACUACACUUGGUCCAUUGAAUGCCAACACUGCAGGUGGACCACCAGAUAGAGGUUUAGCAAAAGUUCACACGCUAACUGCCGGUUCUACCCAUGUUCCUCCCCCUAGUGCUGCUCUUCCAAAAGAAAAAUCCAAUACAAGUGGAUUGGCAUUCUCCAUCACUGGUAUUGAUUUUGAUGAAGAUGAAGACGGAGAGACGUAG